GUUCAUUGCACUCACUGCACCGUGCAUCCAUCCAUGCAUUGUCUCACACAUACAUAUAUGAUUUGGAACCCAACCGACACCUACACAUUUAUUCUACGCGCCCUCAAAAGUGUGCAGCAGAAGUGUACACUUACAUACCGACAUCAGCACAGUAGAUCGACACAGAUUGGCCACCGCAACCCGACGACACCGACAUUCACACAUAAAUGAAGCUAGGCAGGCAUCUCGAAGAAAGCGCCAUAAAAGCCUUCUCUAUUUACCGACAGCUUGACAUGCGACAGACAACAGACUUCGCGAAUGCGCCACUAUAUACCCUUCCAAUCCACUUCCUCUGCUUUCCGUCUGUCCAUCCCCUACAGGCACUGCCGCUCUCCUCUCACGCCAUGCCGUGCAAUUGCCCCUUCAGUCAACGGGUCACUCAAUCACGAGAGUAUGGCGUUGGCCCAUCCAGUGAUGGCCUGCCUGCCGACACAAAGGGCACCGCUGCAGCCCCCCCCUCGCACCCCUGGCACACGCAGGGGUGCAGCACCACGCGCCGCUCCGUCUCGUCGCACACCUGGCACGCUGUCGCCUUGUCCCGCGCCGCCCGGCUGCGGUUCUCCACCUCGUGCUGCAUCUGCUGGCGCAAUUCGGCCUCUAGCUUCUGCUGGGCGGCGUGCCAGGCGCGGCGCUCGAGGGACUGCAGCUGGGAUUGCUCGGUGCUGAGGGCCGUCUGGCGGUCCGCAAGCUGCAUGGCGAAGCCGAUCAGCUCAUCAGCAGUCGUCAGCUGGGCGAAGGUCUCUGUCAGUCUGUGAGAGCAUGGGGAGGCAGAAUUACCUGUGUAUGUGUGCGUGUGUGUGUGUCUGUCUUCUUGCUGCCAUUGUGUGGGUGCUUACCUGUCGAAUCGGAUCUGGUUGGCUUGCAUCUCAAGCACGUCGGCCUGCAGCGCCCGGUUGGCCUCAUACAGAGUGUCAAACCACACACACACAGAAAGGGAGAGAGAGAGUGGCCGAGUGCGUACGCUUUCUGGUGCUCGUGCAGCCAUACCUGGCGGCCUCCAGCCCCUUCGCCGCAUAGGCCCUUGACGCACGGAGGCAGACAACACAACAUGGUGACCUCUUCGCCCGGGGAUUGUGUGCU